AUUUUUAUGUUUGUGUUUGCUUCCGUCAAAGGUUUGCAUGCGGAUGGUCUUUUUCAGGUCACGAUCAGGUAUAAUUAGUUUGUUGUCGGUGCUCUUCAAUUCUGACCACGUACGCAUAUGUUAUAGACCUGCUUUCAUUGCACUAAAUCCAUAUAGCACCGAUCGUCGUCGACUACCUGAUAACUGGGGCAAGAAAAGAUUGCAAAAGUAUAAACUACAUUACAUCAGAAACAUGGAAGAUCCUAAGAUUCAAAGCAUACUUCAGCCUUUUCGUAUAGCUGUCAAAGAGCAGGGAGAUCUAGUUCGGCAAUUAAAGGAAAGUGGAGCCCCAGAGUUAGAUGUAAAGAAAGCUGUAAAUGAAUUAAAAGCAAGGAAGAAGAUUCUUGAAGAUAAGGAAGUAGAAUUAGCUCCACCAGAGAUUGGAUUUGAUCGUGCUCGCAUGGAAGAUUUACUUAAACGACGUUUCUAUUAUGAUCAGUCUUUUGCAAUUUAUGGUGGUGUUACUGGGCAGUUUGAUUUUGGACCUAUGGGUUGUGCAAUGAAAAACAACAUUCUUAAUCUUUGGAGGUCUCAUUUUAUCUUGGAAGAGCAGAUGUUGGAAGUAGACUGCACCAUUCUUACUCCUGAAAAUGUCUUAAAAGCAUCUGGCCAUGUUGAUAGAUUUGCAGAUCUCAUGGUUAAAGAUCUGAAAAAUGGUGAAUGUUUUAGACUUGAUCAUUUAAUAAAAGCUCACUUAGAAAAGUUAAUGACUGAAAAAAAUGUGACUCCUCAACAAAUUGCUGAAUAUGAAGAUAUUAUAGUAAAGUUAGAUGGGUAUUCCAAGGAAGAAAUGAAUGCCAUUCUCAGGAAGUUUGAUAUGAAAUCUCCCAACACAGGCAAUGAUUUAUCUGAUGCUUUGGAAUUUAAUCUCAUGUUCAGCACUUCUAUUGGUCCAACAGGAAACUUAAAAGGUUUUCUUCGUCCAGAAACAGCUCAGGGUAUUUUUGUUAAUUUUAAACGCUUAUUACAAUUUAACCAAGGACGCCUCCCAUUUGCUGCUGCACAAAUUGGAAAUUCUUUUCGAAAUGAAAUCUCUCCAAGAACUGGGCUUAUCAGAGUAAGAGAAUUUACUAUGGCAGAAAUUGAGCAUUUUGUGGAUCCACGUUCUAAGAAUCAUCCUAAAUUCAAACAAGUGAAAGAUUUGAAACUUACAUUAUAUUCUGCUUGCAAUCAGAUGAAUGGAGAGUCAGCUUUUGUCUCUACCAUUGGAGAUGCUGUUCAAAAGGGCAUUGUGGCUAAUGAGACAUUAGGAUAUUUCAUGGCUCGUAUUUACCAGUUUUUAGUCAUGGUUGGUGUAAAUUCUGAUAAGCUUCGAUUCCGACAACAUAUGUCAAAUGAAAUGGCUCAUUAUGCGACUGAUUGUUGGGAUGCAGAGAUUAAAACAUCUUAUGGUUGGGUGGAAUGUGUAGGAUGUGCUGAUAGAUCCUGUUUUGAUUUAAGUCAACAUACCAAAGCAACUGGGGUGAAGCUAAAUGCUGAAGGACAACUUAAAGAACCAAAGACUGUGCAGGUCACAGAACUUCAACCCCAAAUGGCCAAGAUUGGAAAGUCUUUUAAAAAAGAUGCAAAAGAAAUUACUAGAGUGUUGAAAGAACUUGAUGAAGAAAGUAUAGCUUCUCUAGAAAAAGAAAUGGAAUCUAAAGGAGAAUAUACUCUUUCUGUAAAUGGUAAUGAUUUUGUCAUUUCAAAAGAUAUGGUGAAUAUCAACCGAAGUCAAAAGACUGUGCAUGUGGAGGAAAUAAUACCAGCUGUUAUUGAACCAUCUUUUGGUAUUGGUCGCAUCAUGUAUGCUAUUUGGGAGCACAGCUUCAGAGUGAGAGAUGGAGAUGAAAUGAGAACGUAUUUCGCUUUACCAGCAGUCGUUGCCCCUCUGAAGUGUUCAGUUCUGCCUCUGAGUGGACAUCCAGACUUUGCACCUUUUGUGUCAACAUUAUCACAAGAUCUAACUAAACAUGAGAUUUCCCAUCGUGUGGAUGAUAGUAGUGGAUCUAUUGGACGUCGUUAUACUCGUACUGAUGAAAUAGCCAUUCCAUUUGGUAUUACUGUGGAUUUUGACUCUUUAAAAGAGCCCCACUCUGUUACCUUAAGAGAACGAGAUUCCAUGGAGCAAAUACGAGUGCCUGUGGAUGUUGUAGCAUCUCUUGUUAGUGAUUUAGCACGUGGUAGACAGACUUGGGAAGCUGCAAAAUGUUGUUAUCCAAAGUUUGAACAGCAAGAAACAACUAAAGCAGGAUAGUUCCUAUUUAAUCAAACUAUGUGAUGUCAAAUAAAAAUUUUUAAAUGAA